AUGGCAAGGCGAGGUAAGACAGUGGUGAGGACGCUGGAAGAUUUGACCCUGGAUUCUGGUUAUGGUGGUGCUGCGGACUCAGUCCGGUCCUCCAACUUGUCCCUGUGCUGUUCGGAUUCCCACCCGGCUUACUCCUAUGGAGGAAACUGCUGGCAGCAUCUAGCUGACUCCAUGCACAGUAGGCACAACAGCUUUGACACUGUCAACACGGUCCUAGUGGAAGACUCCGAGGUGCUGGACUGCUCGGGGCAGCAGUGCUCCAGGCUGCUGCCUGACCUUGAGGAGGUCCCUUGGACUCUGGAGGAGGUGGAGGCGCUGCUCCUGCUGCGGCACAGGGAGCCCCGCGGGCCGGCGGCCAUCCCCGCUAGCCCUGCCAGAGAUGCCCUGGCCAAGCUCUCCACCUUGGUCAGCCGGGCGCUGAUCCGGAUCGCCAAGGAGGCUCAGCGGCUGAGCCUGCGGUUUGCCAAAUGCACCAAGUACGAGAUCCAGAGCGCCAUGGAGAUCGUCCUGGACUGGACGCUGGCCUCCAGCUGCACGGCGGCCGCCCUGGGCGCCCUCUCCCUCUACAACAUGAGCAGCAGCGGCGGGGACCGCUUCAGCCGGGGCAAAUCCACCCGCUGCGGGCUCACCUUCUCGGUGGGCAAGUUCUACCGCUGGAUGGUGGACAGCCGGGUGGCCGUUCGCAUCCACGAGCACGCCGCCAUCUACCUGACCGCCUGCCUGGAGAACCUCUUCCGAGACAUCUACGGGCGGGUGAUGGCGGGGGGCAGCGCCUCGGCCCACCCGCACCCCAACCGGGGCUCGGGCUCCGGCUCCGGCUCGGCCGCCGCCGCUGGCGCGGAGAAGGACAAGGAGAGCGGCGGCGGCGAAGCGCCCAAGUUUACGGUGGAGUCUCUGGAGCAGACGGUCAACAACGACGCGGAGCUGUGGGGCUUGCUGCAGCCCUACCAGCACCUCAUCUGCGGGAAGAACGCCAGCGGUGUUCUCUGCCUGCCAGACAGUCUGAACCUUCACAAAGACCAACAAAGGUCAAAUAAGCCAGGCGAAGUACAGAUGUUUAGCCAAUCAGAGUUAAGGACCAUAGAGCAAUCCUUGCUCGCUACCCGGGUGGGAAGCAUUGCCGAACUCAGUGAUCUGGUGUCUCGAGCAAUGCAUCACCUCCAGCCACUCAACUCAAAGCAGCAUGGCAACGGCACUCCAAUGCACCACAAGCAGGGAUCGCUAUACUGGGAACCCGAGGCGUUGUACACACUCUGUUAUUUUAUGCAUUGUCCACAGAUGGAAUGGGAAAACCCUAAUGUUGAGCCUUCAAAAGUCACACUGCAGAUUGAAAGGCCAUUCAUAGUGCUGCCACCCCUGAUGGAAUGGAUAAGGGUUGCUUUGGCUCAUGCAGGGCACCGUCGCAGUUUCUCUGUGGACAGUGAUGAUGUACGGCAAGCAGCAAGGCUCUUACUACCUGGAGUUGACUGUGAACCUCGACAGUUAAAAAUCGACGACUGCUUCUGUGCUUCUCGAAAACUGGACGCGGUAGCCACAGAAGCUAAAUUCAAGCAGGAUCUGGGAUUCCGAAUGCUGAACUGCGGCCGAACGGAUCUAGUUAAACAGGCCAUAUCUUUGCUGGGGCCAGAUGGAAUUAACAGCAUGAGUGAACAGGGCAUGACUCCACUGAUGUAUGCUUGUGUCAGGGGUGAUGAGGCUAUGGUGCAGAUGCUACUAGAUGCUGGAGCAGAUUUGAAUGUUGAGGUUGUCAGUACUGCUCAUAAAUAUCCAUCCGUCCACCCCGAGACCCGCCAUUGGACAGCUCUGACAUUUGCUGUGUUGCAUGGACAUAUUCCUGUAGUUCAGCUAUUGCUGGAUGCUGGAGCAAAAGUAGAAGGUUCUUUAGAGCAAGGAGAGGAAAAUUACUCGGAAACUCCUUUGCAACUGGCAGCAGCUGCUGGAAAUUUUGAACUGGUGACUUUGCUGUUGGAGCGAGGUGCUGACCCCAUGAUAGGAACAAUGUACAGAAAUGGAAUUUCCAUGACUCCACAAGGUGACAUGAACUCUUUCAGUCAGGCUGCUGCACAUGGACACAGGAAUGUGUUUCGUAAGCUGCUUGCUCAGCCAGAGAAAGAGAAGAGUGAUAUUCUGUCCCUGGAGGAAAUACUGGCUGAGGGAACUGACUUGGCAGAUGCUGCACCAGCUCCUUUGUGCGCCAGCCGCAACAGCAAGGCCAAACUGAAAGCACUGAAAGAAGCCAUGUACCACAGCGCCGAGCAUGGAUAUGUGGAUGUCACUAUUGACAUAAGGAGCAUAGGAGUUCCAUGGACGCUACAUACAUGGUUGGAGUCUUUGCGAACUUCCUUUCAGCAGCACAGAAGGCCUCUCAUCCAAUGCUUGUUAAAGGAAUUUAAAUCCAUUCAGGAGGAAGAGUACACUGAGGAGCUCAUCACACAUGGGUUGCCUUUGAUGUUUGAGAUACUGAAAGCAAGUAAGAAUGAAGUGAUAAGUCAGCAACUGUCUGUCAUUUUCACUCAUUGCUAUGGACCUUAUCCUAUUCCAAAGCUUGUUGAAAUCAAACGAAAGCAGACCUCUCGUUUAGAUCCCCAUUUUCUUAACAAUAAAGAGAUGUCAGAUGUUACAUUUCUGGUGGAAGGAAGACCAUUUUAUGCACAUCGAGUGUUACUAUUUACUGCAUCCCCAAGGUUUAAAGCGCUGCUAUCUAGCAAACCCUCAGCUGAGAACACUUGUAUUGAGAUCAGCUAUGUGAAGUACCCCAUAUUUCAGCUGGUUAUGCAGUAUCUUUACUAUGGCGGUGCAGAAUCACUCCUAAUUAAGAAUAAUGAAAUAAUUGAGCUUCUCUCUGCUGCUAAAUUCUUCCAGCUUGAAGCUUUGCAACGACACUGUGAGAUCAUCUGUGCAAAAAGUAUAAACACAGAAAGUUGUGUGGAUAUUUAUAAUCAUGCCAAGUUUCUCGGAGUCACAGAACUAUCCUCCUAUUGUGAAGGCUACUUUCUAAAAAAUAUGAUGGUCCUCAUUGAAAAUGAAGCUUUCAAACAGCUGUUGUAUGACAAGAAUGGAGACACGUCUGGUCAGAAUGUACUACAAGACUUACAGAGGACGUUGGCGACACGGAUUCAGUCAAUUCAUUUGUCUUCUUCAAAGGGCUCCGUUGUAUAA